AUGGACUUUGGGGAUAUUAUUGUUUUGGAGACAGAGGCCGCCAGAAGAGUCCGCGAUGAACGAAGAAUUCAUCGGCGGAAUCUCGAGAUCGAAAUUUUGGCUGCAGUGCGUUUUUAUGCCGUUGGUAGCUACCAACGGUUUGUUGGCCAAGAUUAUAAUAUUGUAUUGGCACAACGAACGGUCAGUAAGGUCGUUAAGGAGGUGUCGUAUGCCAUUGUGCACAGACUCCUCAAUGUUUACAUUAAAUUCCCUAGCACAGCUGAGGAAAGGAGGGCUGUCGCUAGCGGGUUUCAGGCUGCACAUGGCUUGCCAGAUUGUUUGGGGUGUAUUGACUGCACACACAUAGCUAUUGUCACACCCCUUAACAAUGAUGCUAAUGAUCCACCUAUAGGGUACAAAAACCGAAAAGGAAAUUAUUCUAUUAACACUCAAUUUGGUCAACUCACGACCAACACAUUUUUAACCAAAGAUGAAAUGAUGAGACUGGUAGAUGGUAGAAUUGGAAAAUACUAUUUAAUUGGUGAUUCUGGGUACUCUAAACAGUCAUACAUGUUGACACCAAUUGUGCCAAGUCCACCUGAAGGUUCCACCGAGUACAGAUACAAUGUAAAAAUCUCACGAAUAAGGAACUGCGUGGAGCGAACAAAUGGAAUAAUAAAAGCCAUCUUCAGAUGCCUCAGGAAGGAUAGAGUGCUGCAUUAUCAACCACAAGCUGCAGCACUCAUUAUAUUAUCUUGCUGUACCAUAUAUAAUAUGAUGCAUCAAUAUAGAUACCCAUUACCAGAGCCAGAAACAUCUACAGAGGAACUUACUGACCACACUAUACCUACACAUACUGCUACCAGUUCAUCAGCAGCUUUGCGUCGGCAGCAAGAUAUAAUAAUGUUGAUUAAUUAA